AUCCGAUCAAAGAGAAAUAUUCAGGAAGGAGGAAACAACAAUGGCAACGGCUUCUCCUCCAUUUAUCUCAACUCUCAACUUCACUCACACUUCCUUCAGACCCAGUUUUGCUUCUUCUUCUUCUUCUUCUUCUUUCUCUCCGAAGCUUCUUCGACCCCUUUUGAGCUUUUCCGUCAAAUCUUCCCGGAAACAAGUCGAGAUAGUGUUUGAUCCUGAUGAGAGACUGAAUAAGAUAGGUGAUGAUGUUGACAAAGAAGCUCCUUUAUCCAGGCUUAAGCUCUUCUCACCUUGCAAGAUUAAUGUUUUCUUGAGGAUAACCGGAAAGCGAGAAGAUGGGUUUCAUGAUUUAGCCUCUUUGUUUCAUGUGAUUAGCUUAGGAGACACUAUUAAAUUCUCAUUGUCGCCAUCAAAAUCCAAAGAUCGUCUGUCUACUAACGUUCAAGGAGUACCUGUUGAUGGGAGAAAUCUGAUUAUAAAAGCACUUGACCUUUAUAGGAAGAAAACUGGUAGUAACAGAUUCUUUUGGAUUCAUUUAGACAAGAAGGUACCUACCGGUGCUGGACUCGGUGGUGGAAGUAGUAAUGCUGCAACUGCACUCUGGGCUGCAAAUCAGCUCAAUGGAGGUCUUGUCACUGAGAAGGAACUCCAGGAAUGGUCAAGUGAAAUUGGGUCAGAUAUUCCUUUCUUCUUCUCGCAUGGAGCUGCCUAUUGUACCGGGAGAGGUGAGAUUGUCCAAGACCUUCCACCUCCUUUUCCUCUUGAUCUUCCGAUGGUCCUCAUAAAGCCCCGAGAAGCAUGUUCUACUGCUGAAGUGUACAAACGUCUUCGUUUAGAUCAGGCGAGCAAUAUUAAUCCCUUGACAUUACUUGAGAAUGUGACCAGCAAUGGUGUAUCUCAAAGCAUUUGCGUAAACGAUUUGGAACCGCCAGCAUUUUCAGUUCUUCCAUCUCUAAAACGCUUGAAGCAACGGAUAAUAGCAUCUGGGCGCGGGGAUUAUGAUGCCGUGUUUAUGUCUGGAAGUGGAAGCACUAUCGUCGGUAUCGGUUCACCAGAUCCUCCACAAUUCAUAUACGAUGAUGAAGAAUACAAGAACGUGUUCUUGUCUGAAGCAAACUUUAUGACUCGCGAGGCUAAUGAAUGGUACAAAGAACCUGCUUCUGCAAAUGCUACUACCUCAUCCUCUGAAUCUCGCAUGGAUUUCCAAUGAGUUGUUAUGAAAGAUGUAAUAAAGGAUUGAUUUGAAGGUUGUACUACUUUUGUUUCUAAGAGUGGUCAACCAAAGGAGAGAAGAUGCUUUAAAUAUAAAUUAAAAAUACGAAAAAGAGAGACAUAUUCACGAAUAAUAUAAUCAAAGGGAGAAGCAACCACACAUAA